CUGCCAUGUUGGAUGGAGCUGGCUCAGGGCUUUCUGACGGUCGGACUUCCCAGGAAAGUUUCUACUGUGUUCCGUCUUCGCCCAGUUGCUCCAAUUUUGACCUUAUUUUGAGAAGCCACGGGACGUCGUGCUACAUUCCUAACCAGCUUACGUUUUUUGGCACAUUAGUCUUGCGGAGCCCCGGGAUAAACCCGAACCGGUGUGAAGGGUCGGAGGCAGGCCACAGAUGACCGAGGGAUUGUUUAUGUAUCUUUUCGGAUCUCGUAUGUCGAGUUAGAGUCGGUACAUUCUUUAUAAAUUGGUCACUAAUAAUGAGUGGACAUCCGUCGCAACGGCGGCAAACAAACGUCGGGUCGCUACUUCUGACACAGCAGGAAAAUGAGUGCCUUUUUAACUACCUUGGCAAGAAAUGCAUCACGUUGUCUUCAGCAGUGGUCCAGGUGUUCACAGCAGAAAGAAAUGGCAGCUGGAACAAGAGAUGCUGCGGGGUAGCCUGCCUGGUCAAAGACAACCCUCAGCGAUCCUACUAUAUCAGGGUCCUCGACAUCAGGGAUGGGAAGAUAAUGUUCGAACAGGAGCUGUACGCAAACUUCAGCACCAACCUCUCCAGAUCUUACUUCAUCACAUUUGCUGGAGAUUCGUGCCAAGUAGGUCUGAACUUUGCCAAUGAGGAAGAGAGCAAGCGUUUCCAUAGCAACGUGACAGACCUCCUUACGAGAAGAACUAGGAAAACUGAGAAGAGACGCGACCAUCCAAAUGGACCUUCAUUGCCCAUGGCUACCGUCGACAUCAAAAACCCAGAGAUCAGCAAUGUUCCACGUUAUCACAACUCUCAGAUGAACAACAUUAUACACUCUUCCUUCCCCAAGAGAGAGAAAAAGGGAAACAAAGGGAAAAAGAAGAGGUUGACCAAGGCAGACAUCGGCACACCCAGCAACUUCCAGCAUGUUGGGCAUGUAGGAUGGAAUCCAAACACAGGCUUUGAUUUGAAUAACUUGGACCCCGACCUGAAGAACCUAUUUGAUAUGUGUGGCAUCUCUGAGGCUGAGCUGAAGGAUAAGGAGACUUCUAAGGUGAUCUACGACUUAAUUGAGAAGAACGGCGGCGUGGAGGCUGUCAGAGAUGAGCUACGGAGACAACCUCCUCCACCACCCCCAUCCAGAGGCGGCCCUCCUCCUCCACCUCCACAUCACAGCUCAGCCCCUCCUCCUCCCCCUCCCCCUGCCCGAGGCGGGCGGGGUGUCCCACCCCCUCUCCCCCCCUCCCGAGCUCCUGUCUCUGCACCCCCACCUCCCCCUCCAUCCCGACCGGGCCUGUCUGCUCCACCUCCUCCUCCGCCCAGUCGGGGCUCUCUCCCGCCUCCCCCUCCGCCGGCCCAUGCCUCCAUUCCUGCAGCCCCACCCCCUCCUCCUCCUCCCCCUUCAUCCUCAACACCAUCUAGUACUGGCGUGCCUCCUCCACCCCCUCCUCCUCCCCCACCUCCUGGCCCCCCACCCCCUGCUCCUCCACUCUCCACAGAGGCUAACGGAGGGGACAGUAGCAAGUCGGCACUGCUGAGCCAGAUCAGAGAAGGAACGCAGCUGAAGAAGGUAGACCAGAAAGAGAGGCCGGUGUCCAGCACCGGCAGAGACGCCCUUCUGGACCAAAUCCGACAAGGAAUCCAACUUAAAUCUAGGGAUGAUAAUACUGACCCAGCACCUGCCACCCCGACCCCAUCGGCAGGCAUUGUUGGGGCCCUGAUGGAGGUUAUGCAGAAAAGGAGCAAGGCUAUUCACUCUUCAGAUGAAGAUGACGAUGAUGAAGAUGAUGAGGACUUUGAGGAUGAUGAUGAAUGGGAAGACUAGUGUUUGUUUUUUUUCCAUCACCUCCCAGACUCCUGGAUGAUCAUGACACUACAAAUUGUUCUUGUGUUUCUUAAAAGAAAUAGUUGAUUUCAGAAUUAUAAAUGUAAAUGUUUUGUCAGUUUGCUGUAUAUUUUUGUUGCCUUUAUGCUUUUUUUAUUAAUCUGUGCAAUACCUCAUUUAAUCUGUACACGUUUGUCAUUUGCAUCUUAGGUUAUUCUUUAUCUUUGCCUGUCAAUUACAUGCUUGUGUCUUGGUCAUUUGGGCAUCUUAUUUUCAUAUCAGCUGCCUCCCAUCACUCUCUCUUAUGUUCCAAUCUCCCAAAUUAAUGUGCAAUUUUAAGUGUCUCUUGAACAUUAGAGUUGAAUGUCUUUUUUUUUUGUUUUUGUUUGUGUUUGUUUGGUCAGUGAUUGACAAGAGGGUAAAUAUAGCAAGACUUUUUGAGUAUUUCUAUCAUUGUUCGUUGGGAGGAGGGGAAAAAAACUAUUUUCAUACCCUACUGCUAUAUAGAUUAUUUUUACCAAUUUAGAUGAUCAUAGUUUAGCACUCAUAUUUUCUUAAAACAAAGAUUAAAAUGGAAUAUUUAGUUUCAUUUGCUUUAGACUGUAAAUUUGCUUCAGUUUGAGUCUUGAUAUAUUUUUGCACAGAUUAAAAGAGGAGACUCGCUACAUGAAUACAAGACAUUUCGUGUCAUAAUGGAACGCAUAUGCUUUAAAUAAUGAGACCGAAUUCUUGUGGACAUUAAGAUAUCACACUAUAUACAGUAAUGCAGGUAGCCCACAGUUAAUGGCUGGUUAUCUGUUUUUGUUUUGUUUUUUGUCACUGUUACACUACAGAUUUCAUUGCAUUUGUGCUUAUAUUUCUGUUUCUUUUUUUCUCUCUUUUUUUUUUUACACUAGCAAGCAGCGUAUGAAUAAAUGUCUGUUUGUUGUAAUCAGGUCACUCAUGUAAAGCUUGAGAAAUAAAGACAUUUUAGUUUUA